GCAACGUGUUAUAAAGUGCUUGAUUUGUGCCAGAACGCAGAAGUACAGAGUAUCGCACCUCAAAUGUAUUACUGUUUUGAGUUUUGGCACCUCUUACAGAGUUUUGCUUUAAAAUAUUGUGGCGUUCUGCCAGUGGCACAUAAUUAUAAACAGUAGGGGCGCCCAAAAUAAGUACUGUCACCUAUUUCAGUCCACUUCAAGCACUGGUGUCAUAGAUGGAUACAGCAGGUUGAUGUUGGGUUUCAGUGAGAACGUUCAAGUUAAGAAAGUUACUCAAGUCUUUGUAAAUCCAAAGAGGAAGUGUCAACUGAAAUAUAAUUAUUUACAGUUGACAUCAAAGUAUGAUUUCAUUUGUAGGGUGACUGUACAGGGAAUGUAGGGAAUGUUUAUAAUAAGGGAAACAAUCAAUCUAACCAAUUUAUAGCACUUUUUACAGACGUUUGUCUCAAUGUUCUUAACCGCAACCCGGGCCUUAUCUCCAUAACCAAAAGAACAAAACAAGAUGAACGUGGCCUUCGGAGAAGCAGGUUAUUAUUACUGACCAUGUCAUUAGGACAUGUCAAGAUUACAACAAAAUGUUUGCUCAAUCUCCUGAAAAAGUAGUGUACUACUAAACCUAGUGUUUGUUUUGUCACAUACUCUCCCCAGCGCGCUGGCCUCGCAAAAGUGCUUCUGGCCCUUCAAACAUGGACAGUUUUAUCUGGAAAGGAGUUUGACACAUGGACACGACACUAUCUGUACUUUCGCAAUGUCCGAUUUCUGAGAGUUAAUGUUGUCUGACCAGAAGAAACUGAGAUUUGGGGAUAUAUUCUCUCUGUAUCGCUGAAUCGUUACAUAUUGCGGGAUAAACUUGUAAUUGUAAUUUCCGAUUGAGCCAACAUGCAGCGUUUACCGUGAAUACUGUCUCCGCUAAAGCGGGAACAUUACCUUGACUUUUCAAUCACGCUGUAAAGCUGAACUUCCGCGAUACGGAUUGAAUAGAGCCCGUUGGGACUCUGUGUGUGUGUGUGAGAGAGAGAGAGAGAGAGGGGGGGGGGGUCCAUUUAGUUGAUGCCUGGGGUGUAUUUAGGCUAUUAGGACAAAUUAAUGUAGUUCCCUCCCCGUUUCGUCGUUUGCAAGGUUUCUACAACAGAUCUGGUGAUGUCUUCGCUUCUGUUAUUUUAUUAAAACACAGAAGGUGGUCUGAUCUAUUUGAGUUAUGUAAAUCAACAGCUGCUCAUAACGGCAGUCCAGACUCAGUCCAGCGGAGAGGUAGUCUGGAGAGCUUGUACGGGAACAGGGACAACUUGUAUAACGGUUUUUUUCUGCGUUUCAAAUGAGUGUUAAUUGAUGUCUGAAAGGGAGCAGCUUUAUAAUCUAGUCUACUGAUACGGUGUGAUUGGAUUUACCGACACAGAGAGAUGACUCGUAUGAAAGAAGCGUAAAGAUGCCAUCGUGGAUCAGGCUGACGGUUCUCCUGUCUGCGCUGACAGUCCACUGCUUUCUGGACGGGACCUGUCCACGGAGAGACCCCCCUCCCAGGGUGCUGGUGGUGUCCCCAGGCAGCGUUCUGGUCUUGGCCUGUAGUGGUCAGGUGGAGGUGAACGGGCUGGAGGUGACGGUUAACAGGGCCAAACACACCAGCACCAUCGCUAGAAAUGGAAAAUACACCAGUGUCAUUACCGGAGUACACCCCUCCACUGUCAGCACCACAACAAACACCACAUCUAACGGAACCACUGUCAGCACCACAACAGACACCACAUCUAACGGAACCACUGUCAGCACCACAACAGACACCACAUCUAACGGAACCUUUGUCAGCACCACAACAGACACCACAUCUAACGGAACCACUGUCAGCACCACAACAGACACCACAUCUAACGGAACCACUGUCAGCACCACAACAGACACCGCAUCUAACGGAACCACUGUCAGCACCACAACAGACACCACAUCUAAUGGAACUACAGUCAGUGCUAUAAAAGACGGUAGUGAUAAUGGAACUACAGUCAGUACUAUAAAAGACGGUAGUGAUAAUGGAACUACAGUCAGUACUAUAAAAGACGGUAGUGAUAAUGGAACUACAGUCAGUGCUAUAAAAGACGACAGUGAUAAUGGAACUACAGUCAGUGCUAUAAAAGAUGACAGUGAUAAUGGAACUACAGUCAGUACUAUAAAAGACGGUAGUGAUAAUGGAACUACAGUCAGUACUAUAAAAGACGGUAGUGAUAAUGGAACUACAGUCAGUGCUAUAAAAGACGACAGUGAUAAUGGAACUACAGUCAGUGCUAUAAAAGAUGACAGUGAUAAUGGAACUACAGUCAGUACUAUAAAAGACGGUAGUGAUAAUGGAACUACAGUCAGUACUAUAAAAGACGACAGUGAUAAUGGAACUACAGUCAGUACUAUAAAAGACGGUAGUGAUAAUGGAACUACAGUCAGUGCUAUAAAAGACGACAGUGAUAAUGGAACUACAGUCAGUGCUAUAAAAGACGGUAGUGAUAAUGGAACUACAGUCAGUGCUAUAAAAGACGACAGUGAUAAUGGAACUACAGUCAGUGCUAUAAAAGACGGUAGUGAUAAUGGAACUACAGUCAGUGCUAUAAAAGACGGUAGUGAUAAUGGAACUACAGUCAGUGCUAUAAAAGACGGUAGUGAUAAUGGAACUACAGUCAGUACUAUAAAAGACGGUAGUGAUAAUGGAAUAGACACAUUUUCUACUGGAAAGGACACUAUUGUCCUUACUGUAACAGACACUCCUGUCACAGAUGAUACCGGGACAGACAGUAGGGAGAAAACCGUCAUCAGGAACACUCGUGCAGGAAACCACACUCUUACUGUGAGAGAAGUUAACAAAGGGAAUGGAGAGAAUGAGGAAGAUGAAACAGAGGAGGAGCACAAAGGAGGAGGAGAGCAGAGGGAUACAGGGCGGAGUCUUUUCACUGUCAAUCAAUCAGGACAUACAGAUACACAGAAACUAUUUCCUCUUACUGGGACAUCGCUCCAACCAACCAGAGACAGCGGAGUGGGAGGGGCUGACACUGAGCUGUCCUCUAAUCGGUGGACGGAUGCAAUGGACAGUGAGCAUGACUAUGAGGAAGAGGAGGAGGGGGGGAGGAUGGUGAGGGGGCUGAGAGGGCGGUCUCAGUGGAGACUGAACGGGAGGCCGCUGAGAGGAGGAGAGGAAAGAGGAGGAGUAGUGGUGUUAGGGAGGAGAGGCGCCACUCUGACCCUGCCCUCCCUGGCGGUGGGUGACUCUGGGAACUACAGCUGCCACCGCGGGGGCAAACUGGUCUCCUGUCUGAGGGUGAGCGUGGCAGUUCCCCCAGAGAGGCCUAAGCUGUCCUGCUAUAAGAGGUCACCCAGCAGUAAGAUCCGCUGUGAUUGGACAGCCAGUCAACCGGUGACUCCUGUCCCUCAGUGCUACCUCCUCCUACGGAAAGGUCUAUCAGGGUCAUUCUCUCGUGUCAACUGUUCUUACUCCGCCCUGCUGUCUCGGUGUUGGUGUGCUAUAGGUCAUCAAGAGAAGGAGAGUAGAGAGCCACACCUGGCCUACCUGUGUGUCACCAACACUGCUGGCAACACCACCAGCCCUCUCCUAGACUUCACACCUCUGGACAUUAUUAAUCCAGACCCCCCCAGCUCAGUGGUGGUGAGGGGUGUGGAGGGGCAGGAGAGGAGACUGAGGGUGGGCUGGGCUGUUCCUCACUCCUGGAAAGAGAGAGACCGCUAUCACGAGCUGCUUUAUGAGCUCAGAUACCACACCAUGCCACACGGAACACAGAUAAAAGGGACCACCACAGCCCGGUUCUACACUAUAACAGAUGCGUUGCCAGGAGUACAGUACCUGAUCCAACUCAGAGCUAAGGAAGAGUUUGAUGGCCACUGGAGUGAAUGGAGCACGGCUGUCUACGCCAACACCUGGACAGCCCCUGUGCCAACUGCGUUCAGCGAUCUUUCUACUGUUAUGGACUACACAGACGACACAGAUUCUGGCUCUGGUAUGACAGAAGAGACAUCAGUCUCUGAGUCUCGGGGUGAUGUGGAGGUGUGGCCUCAUGUCCUGUGGGUGGUUGCUUCCUGUGUGCUGCUGUCCAUCACUCUGUUGUCCACCUACCUCUACAGACACAGGGAGAGGUUCCUGUCUAAGCUGUGGAGGUUGAGUCCCGUCUCCUCCUCUCCUGCUUGCCCCUCCCCCCCAGUCACAGCCCUGCCUACCCAGGAAGGACAUGCCCUCGUGAACUUUGACCACCCAAUCUAUGGGGAACCUGUCCCACAGGAAGAAGAGAGGAAGGAGGAGGAUGAAGAGGAGGAAGAAGAGGAGAAGGGGGAAGUUAUUCGCUUUAACAACACAAGCUAUUUUCUGGUCCAGAGCAAAUGAUAUGCCUGCUCUUAAAACAAACCCCUUACCCUCUAUCCCAGGCCCUUACCGCUAGCCCCCUGUUCCCCUAGUCCAGGCUGGAGAAGCCCUGUUAUUUCACUGUUUGGAUGUGUGCAGUAUUUUGUUCUCAUUGGGGAAAAUGAGCCAGUAGAGUAAUGAUGUAAAUAUUCAUUUGUGUGUCUAUAAAAAAGUAUUGGGUUUUUGUAAAUAAUUUUGUCAGAAUGAAAUAAAUAGUUUUGAAUACAAA